AGAAAGAGCUCAGAUCCACUCACACCUCGUCUCCACCGUUCUAAGAGAUUGAAAGGUUAACAAAAAUCCAAAACAGACGCAAGGGCAAAACCGGAAAAUCACUAAAAUGGCCGCCGUCAGUAGCUCAUCGGAAACCGGAGGCGGUGCCGCCGGGAAUGAAGAGAUCAUGUUGUUCGGAGUCAGAGUCGUCGUUGAUCCGAUGAGAAAGUGUGUGAGUUUAAACAAUCUGUCUGACUACGAGAAGUCUUCACCGGAGGAAGACAUCCCUAAGAUCGGAGAAGACAAGAACGAACCGGACGCGAUAACCGCCGCAGGUUACGCCUCCGCCAAUGAUGCCGUCCAGAUUACACCCUCCUCCGGCGGGAAUCGCGAGAGGAAACGAGGAAUAGCAUGGACGGAGAGUGAGCACAAGAGGUUCUUGCUUGGUCUGCAGAGAGUAGGGAAAGGAGAUUGGAAAGGGAUAUCGAGAGACUUUGUCAAGAGCAGGACGCCUACUCAAGUAGCUAGCCACGCUCAGAAGUACUUCCUCCGGAGAACCAACCUCAACCGUCGCCGGCGAAGAUCUAGNCUUUUCGAUAUCACAACCGAGACGGUCACGGGAAUGCACAUGGAGCAAGAUCAUGCUCAGGACAACUCAUGGCUACAUGAAACUAACAUCAGCGCUGGAGUUCCAGUGCAGACAAGAACUCAGGAGAAUGCACCACAGACAUUUCAUCCCUACGAUUUAUCCUCAACUAUUGUCCAUCCGGUUCCAGUAACCUUCCAAGCAAAUCCUGCUUUCAAUCUAAACACAGAUGCUGCUCCGGUUUCUCUCAACCUUUCUCUGUCCUUUAACCUCAACGAACCAUCCAACUCAAGACGUUCGGCGUUCACGAUGAUGCCAAGCUUCAGCGAUGGAGAUAGCAAUAGCAACACCAUUAGAGUUGCUUAGACUUAAAAAAGCAAGGUGAAUCUUUAAGACCUUGCUUCUUUCUUUGUUUCUCUGUUCUAGUAGUACAUACUAGGUCUAAACUACUCUUAGUCUUGUUUUUGAUGUUACUAUGUCAAAAGCUGUUAUGUAUUCUUGUCUGAAAAGAAUAAUCAGGGGAUAAAAAGAAACAUGGACGAACUGUGUGUGUUUAUUGUUUGUAAAAAACUCUGUUCUGUGUGUUUUGUUUUGUGGUAAGCUAAAACAAGUCGUGAUUGU